AUGUUUAAAAAGUUAAAUGUUCCAACAAAACAAGAUAAAAAUUAUUUAUUAAAAUAUCGUUCAUACUCUUCACGGUGUAUUGAACAACUUAAAAAUAUAAAAUUUAAGCAAUCUAAUGAUACAAUAACAGCAGCUAUUAAUAUGGAAGAUUCAAAGGAAUCCACUGAGCUUAUAGAAAAUAAGCCUUUUAAUUAUAGAACACUUUUAUGUAAAUUUUUUUUGGUUAAUGCAUGUACAAGAGGUGAUAAUUGCGCAUAUUCACAUGAUACAACACAGUUUCCGUGUAAGGCAUUUUUCUUGCGACAAAAUUGCAAAAGAAAAAAUUGUAUGUUUUCUCAUAACUCUGAUACACUUGAUAAAUUAGAUGAACCCUUUGAGGAAACACAAGACGCUAAAAUUGAAUCUCCAUUUUUUUAA